AUUGAAAAUUACGACAAAACGCAACACAUCUUAACUUGAUACGACAUUCCACCUUGGCAGUUCCUUCUUCUUCUUCAUCAGCCACCAUCACCACAACACAACCAUAACCUCUUUUUCUUUUUCCAUUCUCAUCCAUUCCCUCACUCAAAAAUCAUCAAAAAGUGAAGAGUUUUGGUUUUCUUUGAGAGAAGAAAGUGAGGGAAAAUGGAAAUGAUGCUUUCUCGAUUACCUUAUCAUGAUUCUCUCAAACUACUGGAGGCUGAUAUUCACCAUGCCAAUGCUUUGGCUGCUGCGAUUCCAAGAGCAAAGGGUGGAAGUGUUUUCCAAAUGAAAUUGGUUUACAGUCAUUUGGCUCCUCUUUUUCUGUUGUUGUUACAGUGGAUGGAUUGUUCUUGUUCAUGUUUUCUACAUAGGUAUCUCAACCUCUUCCACAUAAUUAUAUACAAGGUACACAAUGAUGGAAGACCGAGUAUAACUUCUCGUGGAAGGAAAGCAACCAUUCAGGAAUUUUAUGCUGUUAUAUUGCCGUCUCUUCAGCGGCUUCAUGGUAGUUUGGAGAAGUUGGAGAUUUGUACGAAAGGGCACUCUAGCUUAGACAGUUCGAGUUAUGGCAAGAAGAUGAUCGAAGCAAAUGCGAAACUGAAUAACGUUGAUUUGGAAAGAGAAGAUGAAUGUGGGAUUUGCUUAGAACCAUGCACCAAAAUGGUUUUGCCUAAUUGCUGUCAUGCUAUGUGCAUCAAAUGCUACCGCAAAUGGAACACAAAAUCAGAAUCUUGUCCGUUUUGUCGUGGGAGCAUAAGAAGAGUUAAUUCUGAGGAUCUAUGGGUUCUCACUUGUAAUGAAGACGUAGUUGAUACCGAAACAGUUUCAAAAGAGGAUUUGUUGCGAUUCUACCUUUAUAUCAACAGCUUACCUAAAGAUUACCCAGAUGCGCUUUUCUUAAUGUAUUACGAAUACCUGAUUUGAAUUUUUUUAAUUAAUGAGAAAAAAUGUACAGAUUGGGAAAUCCAGGCUGCAAAUGUGAAUAGAGUCUGGCUAGAAAUUUCCCUAAUCAUGUCAGGCAUGGCUUUUGCUAAGAUAGAUUUCUGGAAUUGUCCCAGAAUAACUACUUGGCCUAUAUAUCUCCUAUGUAGACAAUGUAGUCAUGUAGAGUUAUAUUAAAAUUAACUUUGAAGCC